AUGUCUAAAUUUUAAUCUGAUUUGUAAAUUUGUUUUCACCAACAAAUUAAUCUGCAUUUUCUUCCUCCGGCCACAUAUCUUCGCCGGAUAAUUUCUGCCGCCACCCCCAAUGGAGGAUGAGAAAUUGGCCGCGUACUACGACGACCUGUCUCGUAGAGGCGGCGGCGCCGCCCGAUUCAAACAAGGUCUCGGCUUUUCGUCCAGCAAUUCCUCCGCAAACGACGCCGUUCCAGCCAGAGGCUCGGCGCUUCCGACCACCUCGUCUUUGCUUAGUAGCUUCGUCAGAGCAUCACGUCCUUCCAAAACCUCCGAAUUCGAAUGGCAAGCUCAGGUUCAAUCCAUCCAAAACAAGCUAAGCAAAAAACCUAAAGGAAAAACCCGAAGCCGAAGCCCUAGCCGAAAUUCAAGCCGACAGAGUCCAAGCCGGGAUACAAUUAGAGAUAAGCCCUCAAGGCGCCGGAGCCGGAGCCGUGAUAGGCGGUCGAGGAGAAGGAGUAGGAGCCGAGAUUAUGAAUCGAGAAGUAAAUAUCGAUCUAGGAGUAGGAGUAGAGAAAAUAAUAGAAAGACAAUUAAACGGCGAGAAUCGCCGGAAGACCGGAGGCGGUCGGAGAAGGGUAAAAAGCGGGUGGAGGUUCGGAGUGGUAGUGCGAUUGAUUUCGCUACGUCGAUCGAAGGUUACGACAAUAUGACACCGGCUGAAAGAGUCAAAGCCAAGAUGAAACUCCAGCUCUCAAAAACUGCUGAAAACGACGAAACAAUUGGAAAAGGCUCCGGGUGGGAGCGUUUCGACUUCAACAAGGAUGCCCCUCUUGAUGAUGAGGAAGUUGAAGCUGUGGAGGAUGACGGAGCAUUAGUGAAGCGCAUGGGUCAAAGCUUCCGUUUCUCUGCAGUUCAGGCGAGGAAGGAGGAAGAAAUUAGGGCGGCUCACGACGAAGCAAUGUUUGGAGGGUCUUCAUAUCCGCUACCUCCACAAAUAGAUAAUGAAAAGGAAGAAGAGGAAAACCACAUAGUAAACGAAAGCAUCGAAACUACUUCUGCCGUAACAAGUCUUCUUAGUGAUCAGGUUCUUGCUAUGCAGAAAAAAGGCUCUUGGCGUGAUCGUGUCCGUGAUAUUGCCCGUAAACCAUGAAAUUGUGGGCCCAAUUUUGCCACCGCCGCCGCCACCGUCACCACCAACAUUGUUCAGAGUUCCGGCCAAUAUUUAAGGGUUUUCGAUGGUGUUUAGGGAUGUGAAUGAUUAGAAAUUUGUGGAGUAGAAUUCCUAGUGGUGUAAUUGGAAUUUCUAAGAGAAAUAUUCAGCAAAUGUUGGUAUUGCAGACAGUUCAAAAGCGA